AUGGUUUCGGUUUUUCAUCUUCAUCUUCCUCUUCUCCUCUGUCUCAUCCUCAUCAAUGGGCUCAAUCUUCGCCAUUGUCACCGUGACGAUAUACGCCGAUCAAUGUUGUUGUUGUUGUUGACUAGUCAACUAAGAAUGGAAACUUUGGUAAUCUUCUUUCAUUCUAUUUCUUCCUCUGUUUCACUAGUCUCGUUCAUGUUACAAAUGAGCGGCGUAUACGACCAUCGUAGGUUUGAAACGGCGGCUCCUUUAGCGGCGGAGGGAGAAGGAGAAGAACAUUUUCAGAGCUCGGUGAAUGCUGUACCGUUUGGUUUAGUGGCAACAGCAGUUUUAAUAUUUUUCUUCGUCUUAAUGGCAAUCUUUGAGAAGUUUUUUUUCAUCAAGCAUGCUCCAUUACCACCUCUGGACUCAAAGCUUCCUCCUUUUGCUUCCCCCAAGAUGGAUGUAUGUAAGAGAGACAUAUCGGUGUUGAUGCCUGGAGAAGAUGUCCCAACGUUCAUUGCUCAGCCAUGUCCUUCCUCAUCAUCAAGUUGCUCUGUCUGAAACUAGCAUCUUAAAUUUUACCAUUAAUGGUCACUCUUAUAUUAGGACUUUGUAUUUUCUUUUUUGAAACCAAAAAAAGAAAGAAGGACAAGUGGUUUAUGUAGUCGAGUGAGUGAUAACAGAACAGUGUUCUCUGUCUGUGUCUGCUCAUCCCGCAGCAAAAGAGCAGCAAUCUCCAUAAAAAUAAAGCCAAGGAAUUUGUGAA